CUUGCUAUUUCAGUGAAUUGUCAACGCUCGGUAGACUAAGUCAGUGCUCCAAAACAGUGUGAUAAUUGCAAUUUUCCUAUAGUAUAUAUAGACUUCGAAGGGUGUGCGUACUAUGUCGGAUGUUUUGAACGAAGUAACUGGGAACUUUGGAAAAUGGCAGCUGUGUGCAAUUUUGAUAAUAUUUCUGUGCAAAAUUCCAGCCGUUUGGUUUCUAUCAAUAAUAUUGUUCACAGCACCUGCCCCGAAAUCCGGUGAUUUCUGGUGUCAGCCGCCAGAUAACAUUACCAAUCACACCGAAUGGGUGCUGCAAAGCCAUCCGAUUCGAAAAUACGGCACUGACAAAGAAUUCCAAAUCGAUUUUUGUCGAGUCUACAAAGAUGCCUACGAUGAUAAGACGAUAAAAUUGUUUGAGUUCUCGAAGGGUGACAAUGUUUCCAUCCGUGAAAAUCGAAAGGUCAUGCCAUGCGUUAAUUUCCAUUUCAAUUCUGACUUUCAUUCGGUCAUCAGGGAAUACAAAUUGGUUUGCUCGCGUCGAUUGUUGGCCAAUCUUUCGCAAAGUUUACACAUCGUUGGGUUAUUGAUUGGUGGAAUUGUGGCUCAUUUUAUGUUGAAGAGAUUCAGUCCAAAAACCGUAAUGUUAAAUGGGAUGCUUGCGCAAAUAUUCUUUGGUAUAAUGUGCGGUCAGACAAAAUACUUUGAAUUACAUGCACUGUUAAGAUGUCUGGUAGCUGCCUGCUGUUCUGCUAUGGUUGCAUCUGGUCAACUGAUCAUUGCAGACAUCACAGGUGGACGAGCUAAGACGGUUUCUAUAGUGUUAUAUGAGCUGUUUUGGUCGAUUGGAUUGAUCAUUCUACCGGGAUUGUCAAUAUUUUUCAAUAAUUGGUCGCAUUUGUACAUAGUUAUAUCGGUACCAACUUUAAUCAUGGUAUUUUUGCAUAGAUUCAUUCCUGAUUCUCCGCGAUGGAUGCUACUUCAUGACCGAAUAAAAAAAUCAAAAGAAAUUCUAGUUCGAUCUGCUGAAGUUAAUAAAAGAGACGUUCCCAAUCAAAUUGAUGAUCUCUUAUCACUAGCAGCCGGUGCUUGUACGUCACAACAAGAAAAGGAAGCUACAUGGAUUUCACUGUGGUAUGAGAGCAAAUGCAGCCUACUUCCAAUAUACUACGCAUGGGCAAUUUUUGUUUUGCUCUUCAACACCAUGAUACUGAAUAUGUCGUCACUGGGACAAAAGUUUCUUCAUUUUAAUGUGGUUAUGAUGGGUUUCAGCGAACUGAUUGGUAUGUUCAUUGGACUUUAUUUAAUAAUGUACACCCGAAGAAAAUGGAUUUGGGUGGGAUUUUUAAACAUGGCUGCUGGUCUUUGCACCUACUCGGUUUGGCUGAUUCCGUCAACAAUCAAAGACACUCAUCAAACGGGGCUAGCGAUGAUUGCUUGCAUUGCUUUGAAAACUACAAUCUCAUCAGCAAUGGCACUUUUGACCGCUUGUACGGCCGAUUUAUUUGUGCCUGAACAGAAGAAAAUUGUCAUGCUAUCAGCUACAAUUUGGAGUCGUGCAUGGAUAUUAUGGGCACCGUUUGUGGGUGCAUUGAAUACAUUCGGUUCUCUGGUGCCUGUGUCUGUAAUGGCUAUGCUAACUGUAAUUGGUGGAUUUUUGUGCACAACAAUUGGAUAUGAUCAGAUAAAUAAAGCGAAAAGUCACCUGAAGAACACGAAUGUCGAGCUGAUCCUUAACAAAGAAAAUUGCAAAUUACUCGAAAGCAAGUCCUGAUAUGGAACACUGCAGUUUGUCUUAUUUUUUUUUGAUCUGUCAUUAUUAUGUUGUGCCUUUAUGUUAAGAAGGUGAAUGAUUUGAAGUACUUGAUUUCUUCCGUUCCAAUAAAGAAUUGUACUUCA